AUGGAUUCAUUUAUCGAUAUGAUUAAGAAUAAUAUUGACAGUUAUCGUAACAAGAUGUCAUUUGAAGAUUUUGUCAGAUAUCAGUCAAUGAAAACAAACCAUCCACCUUGCAAGAAGUUGAUCAUUGCCAAUGAUUGGGAUUCAUUCACAACUUCAAAUUUAAUUUAUGAAAAACAACAAACAUCAGUUUCAAACAUGUCUCAGUUGAACAGUGAAUCAAACAAAUCAGUGGUGAUGGUAUUCUGUGGUCAAGGUGCACAGUGGGCGGGAAUGGGUGAAAAGUUGUAUAAUCACUUUCAAGUAUUCCGUGAAUCGGUUGAUCACUUGGACAAGUUAUUAUGUCAAUACUAUCAAUACUCUAUUAUCGAUAAAUUAAGAAAUAGCAAUGAUAAAGAUAUUCAUCAUCCAAUUCUAGCUCAACCAUCAACAUUUAUCAUUCAAGUUGCAUUGGUUAAAUUAUAUCAACAUUUUGGAAUUAAUCCAUCAAUCGUUGUUGGUCAUAGUUUUGGAGAUGUAACGGCAGCAUGGUGUUCAGGAAUUGUAUCAUUGGAAGAAGCAGCAAGAAUUGUUUAUCUCAGAAGUAAAGCUCAAAAUGAAACAAUUGGAAGUGGUAGAAUGUUAUCUGUAUCAUUGUCACAUGAUAGAUAUAUUGAAUUGUUUGAAGCACAAUUUGAUGAUAUCGAGGUUGCAUGUUACAAUGCUGAAGAUUCAAUUGUAUUGGCUGGUAAUGAGAAUCAACUCAAAUUAUUAGAUCAACAACUCAAGAAUGACAAUAUAUUUAGUGCAUUCCUUGGUACACCAUGUGCAUUCCACUCAUCAAAACAAGAAUCAACAAAAGAGUACAUAUUCAAGCACUUGGAUAAUAAUAUUAAAUAUGAAUGCGAUAAACCAACGAUACCAUACUUCUCAACAACGACAUCACGAUUAAUAGAAUCAUCAUCAGAAUUUAAUGCACAAUCAAUUUUUGAUAAUCUCAGACAACCAGUACUGUUCCAACAAGCAAUUAAUAAUAUAAUCAAAAACACCAAUAAUAAUAAUAAUCAAGAGUAUAUUUAUUUAGAGAUUGCACCACAUUCAACAUUGUCGUUCUAUUUAAAGACAUUAUUAUCACAACAAAAAUCAACAACAAUCCUCUCACCAUUAAAUAGAAAAAAGGAUGAAGUCGAAUCAAUUCAAUCAUGUCUCUCACAACUCUAUUUCAUUGGUGCAAAUGUUAAUUUCACAAAUCAAUUACCCCUCAUCGGUGAUGAUGACAAUGAAUGGAAGAAUAGAACAAGAUAUCUUCCAAGAUAUCAAUGGGAUACAGAGUAUAUUUGGGAGGAACAAGAACCAUUCAAGAAGAUUAGAUUGGGAGGUGUAUCAACAACAUUGCUUGGUAUUUGUGACGAUGAAUCACUAAAGACAUAUAAAUCAUCGAUUGAUAUAAGUAGGCCAUCAUAUCAAUAUUUAAAAGGACACAAAGUAAAAGGAAAAUAUUUGUUCCCAGGAUCAGGAUACAUUGAAAACAUUAUCAAUGCAUUCCCAAACAAAGAUAUCCAUAUCCACCAUCUCGAAUUUAUUGCACCAUUCUUCUUAAAGGAUGGUGUGAUCUCCCAACUAAAGACGUCAUUUGUAUCCUCGUCGCCGGAAGACUAUCAAGUAAUAUUCCAAUAUUAUGAUAGUACAUCAACAACUUGGAUUAAAUCUGCAAUCGGUAGAUUAUCAAUCAAAGAUCCAAUCGUUCUGACCAAAAAGUAUGACAAUGUUGAUCAGCUCAAACAAGAAUCAUACAACAUUGCCAUGAUGACACAAUCAGAUGUUUAUGAAAAGUUAAUCAAAGUCGGGUUGGUGUAUGGUGAUACAUUCAAACGAGUCAACAACAUAUCAUUCAAUCAAGAUGGUUCUAUUUUGUCAGAGAUUGAUUGUAGUGCAAAAAACAAGUUUGAACAAUCAAAUACAGUUUUAAAUGCAUCGGUAUUGGAUUGUAUGAUUCAUUCAAAUAUUGUAAAGUUUAAAGGAGAACAUCAAAAAUGUGAAGUCAUAUUUGAUAGAGUUCAAGAUUUCCACAUCUUUUCAAACAAUAUUCCUCAACACCCAUGUACCUCUUUAUUCAACGUAUCAAAGACUUCAAUGAACAGUAGAAAUCGUCAACAACAAAGAGGAAAUGAAUUCAAAGGAUCACUUGAUAUUAUUGACCAACAUGGUAAUAUUAUCAUCAAAUGUGAAUCAUUGAUUUGUAAAUCAUUGACCAAAGUAUUAAAAGUACAUCAAGCCAAAUAUCCAUCAAAAUUCACCAAACGAUUAAUUAAUCAACCAAAGAAUUCACCAUCUCCAUCUCCUUCCAUCAUCCCCUCCUCUGACAAUAAUAAUAAUGUUGUUGAAUAUUUGCAAAGAUAUGUUAAAUCAUUAGAGUCUACUCAAGGAAUGAUUAGAGUAUUGGAUUUUGGAUUUGAUGAACUUCUUUCCAUUGGUAUUGCCACAAGUUUGGAGCCAACAUCAACGAUCAUUGAUUUAACUUCCCAAGAUUUCUCAUUCACCUAUCCAAUCCAUUAUCUCGAGAAUAAUAAUUUAUCAAUUAAAUUAUUUAAAGAGUUCAAUGCAUCAUUAUCGUUGAAUGACCAAGGAUUCCUUUCAAAUAGUUAUGAUAUCAUUUUAUCAUCACAAGAAUUUAUUCAAAAUAAUGAAUAUAUGACAACACAAUUAUAUCAACUAUUAAAUCCAAAUGGUCAACUCGUUGUAAUCAACAAUGAUUCAGUGGUCGUCGAUGAAAACAGCAAAGAAUUAAUCAUCAGAGAUAUUAGAUCAACACAAUUUAAAAUUCAACAUAUUAAUAAUAAUUCAACACUAGAUCAUGAAGAUAUUACAAUGAUUUAUAAAAAGGCGUCAAUUGAAGAAACCAAUUUCGAUAAUAUUGAUAAAAUAUUAUUUAUUACUCCAUCCUCCUCUUCUCCAUCCACCACUUCAACCAGAUUGAUUUCACAAGCAUCAUCAAUUUCAAAACAAGUUAAAAGUAUUUCAAGUGAUGAUUUGAUGGAUGAAAGUAAAUAUCAAUCAUUGUUGGAUUCAAUAUCAUAUCAACAAGGAGAAAAGGUUGUAAUUAUUUAUUUGGAAUCAUUGAUUGAAAUGAAUUCGAGUAAUCUUGACAAGAAAUCAAUGCAACUCAUCAGAUUACACCAAAUAUUAAGAAAGGAGCAACUACCCGUCAAAUUAAUAACAUUGAUAACUGGUCAACUCAAUCAAUGUUUGGUUCCAAUUUGCAGAGAUUAUGAUCGUCCAUCUGAUAUGUUCUCAUUUGAUUCAAUAUCAAUCAGCAUGGAUCAUCAAAGUUGUAAUCAACUAUCAAUCAACCAAAUCAUGCAAUACUCCAACAGUGAUUUCAUUGGUGAAAAGAAUAUUAAAUUGGAAUGCAAUGAUCAAGUUAUUCAAGUUAAUGUUGAAAGAAUAAUAGAUGCUCCCAAAGCAUUGGAAUUGGAUUCAAGAUUCAUCAUUAAUGAUAAACAAGAUAUUCGAGUAAAGUUUGAAAAGGAUUCAAAAUACCAUUUGAGAGCAAAGGCAGAGGUCAUCGAAGAUUAUCAAGUUGAAGUUCAAGUCAAAGCAGCAUCAGUCAAUUUCAAAGAUCUUAUGACUUUGGAAGGUAGAGUCGAUCAAAAAAGAAAUAUACUUGGUGAUAUUUAUGAUCCUCUAUUGGGACAAGAUCUUGCAGGUAUCGUGACAAGAAUCGGAGCCAAAGUAACAAACUUCAAGAUUGGUGAUCAAGUGUAUGGCCUGUCUCAUGGGUUUACCACUUUUUCAGUUGCCUUGGAAAACAAUCUAGUUCACAAGCCAAAGGAACUCUCAUUUGUUGAAGCUGCAUCUCUACCGGUUACAAUGGGAACUGCCUACACGAUACUCAAAAAAGCCAGUAUUGUAUCGACCGAUUCAAUUCUCAUUCACAGUGCAACUGGUGGUGUCGGUUUGUCAAUAUUAAAUAUUUUAAAGCACAAACAACACACUGGCAAGGUGUUUGUGACAGUUGAAUCAGAUGAAAAGAAACAUUAUCUCGAACAACACUAUGGUGCACUUAUCACUGCCGUUCUGUCAUAUGACAACUUUUUACAAUCGGUUUUGGAGAUGACCGAAGGUUCUGGUGCAAAUUAUGUAAUCAACACACUAGAUUAUACCAGAAUGAACAAUAACAUCAAAUGCCUUUGCGAGAAUGGAAUUGUUAUUGAUUUGUCAUUAGAGAACACUGAUAUGGGACCAUUCAAAGCCGACAAGGGAUACUUGCCAUUCCAACACAGAUUGGAAUAUGUGCAAUACCACAACAAGAUCAAGAAACUGAUCAUUGAAGAACGCUUGGAAAUACCACCUAUCAAGGUAUUCCCAUGUCAAGAAAUACCUGAAGCCGUAGAGUACAUCAGAACAAGAAAACAUAUUGGAAAGGUUGUCAUUGAUUAUGAAAAUGCUGAAAGAAAUUUGGUCGAGCCAAUGUUUAAUGACAAGAGAAGAAAGAGAGUAGAAAGAGUAGAUUAUCAACUUGAUGGUGUUCAAGAUACUCUUCUCAUCACUGGUCAAACAGGAGUUGCUGUUGAAUCGCUUCAUUAUAUCAUCAAACAUGCACCUCAACUACGUGAUAUUAUUGUUGUUUCCUAUUCAUCACCAAAAUAUGAAAUUCAAUUAUUAAUGAAUCAUAUCAACAAACACCAAGCAACACACCAACUCAGAUUACAUUAUGUUCAAUGUGAUAUUGGAAAUUAUGAUCAACUCUCUUCAUCAAUUCAACAACUUUACAAAAAUGACUCAAGCAUCAAACCAGUCAAAUCAGUUAUACAUUGUGCCAAUACCUAUGUAUUUGCAGAUGCAGAUGAUGUGACAAUAGAGAAUCAUCGACAAGCAAUGAUGGCCAAAGCAAUUGGUGCAUUGAAUCUUCAUAAUCUAUUUGAAGAGUUGCAAUGGAAAUUAAAUCAUUUCCAUUUACUGUCAUCGAUUGCUCAAUACUCUGGAAGAGAAAGUUUCAGUUAUGCAGUUGCCAAUUCAUUCCUCGAUCAUCUUGCUCAACACCGUAGAAAUUGUGGAUUAGCAGCAACAUCUAUUAUUUGGGGAUCGAUUGGAUCAACUGGAAGAGUUGCAAUUAGUAAACUAUCAAAUGAAGCAUUGUCAAGUAUUGGAGCACAUAUGAUGCCACUCUCAACAGUAUAUGGAGUACUCAGAUCAUCGUUUAUCGAUUCUGAUACUCCAUUUACAAGUAUUAUUUGUGCAGCCAUUCAAAUCGAUAGAUUCCUCUCUGAAACACCAAAUCUCUCACAUUUAUUCUGUCAUUCGUCACACAUUGUAUCCAAGAAAUCAACAAACAGCGGUGACAACCAAGACAAUAUGAAUGACAAGAUUAUUGAAUUCAUUGCAUACUUGCUCUCGAUUGAAAAGAACCUAUUAAAUGGUGACACCAAACUCAAAGAUUAUGGAGUAGACUCUAUGAAUGCUAUUCAAAUCAAAUCAUGGAUUGAAGGAGAGUUUAAACAAUCCAAUCUAAUCAAUCAAUCUCAAAUAUCAAAUGGUACAAUCAAUUCAAUCAUUGAAAAUAGACUAAUGAGAAAAUAA